AUGGGAAAACUACGUGUCAAUGAAGGAAACAACGUUAAGUCGGGCUUUGGGGAAGAUGAGAUUGGCGAACUGCGCAAGUACAUCGUCGACAUGAUGCAGGCUGAGAUGGAGCUCAUGGAGAACAUCAAGCUGAACGAGCGCAACGUGGCGGCGGCGAACGCACGCAUCAAAUACUUCAAGGAAUUGAUUUCUCAAGAACGUGCGCGCUAUAAAACACUGAGAAGGGAGCUGGAGGGAGACACUGUCGAGCUCAAGAGUUUGGAAGAAAAGCAAGUCGUUGCUGAGGCGAAGCACCGCGAGUUCCGAGACGCCGUAGCCAAACGUGAGAGCGAGGUGCAAGUGCUUCGCACUCGAUUUCAGCAACAACGCGCCGCCAUGCUCAGUUUGAGAUGCCAGGUCUUGAGUGCUACUUCAAAUUUGGACAAACUGUCGUCGAUACAUGCAUCGGUGGAGAAGGAGACACAGAACGUUACUGUGGCCUUGGAGGAGUGUGCUGAGCCGGUCGAACAGCGCACUGCUCGCCAGAAGCUUCGUGCCAAAAUCAAAUACACGCAACGAUUCGUCGUACAGAUGGAGGAGGAAACCAACCAGCUUGCCGAGAAGCGAGCCAAGCUUGAAGCUGAAGUACUCAAGUGCGAACAGGAAGCGGACAAGCUACGCGAGUCAAUCUUUCUCAAGGAGAAGGAAGUCGAAGUCUUGUUCAACCGUCUGCGUGCCGAUACGCUUCACGUCGUCAAAGAAAACGGAAAGAUCGAAGGCAAAUUGAAAGCCAAGCGCAGAAACUUUCGCGUCAAAACCAAGAACGAGAUAAACUCACUCAAGCGCCGAGUCACCUUUGUAACAUCUGAGCUUGAAAGAGGCCAGAUGACGAACGAGGAUGCGCUGUCUAGUAUUGACGCUUUAAGCACCAGACGUGAAGGGCUAGAACAGAGGCUGAACGGACAAAACGAGCAAAUAGCUGCUGUCGAGACUGCUAUUACCGAGCUACAGGCAUCGAUCGCAACUUUUGGCCGAAAUGAAGAAGGCUUCGACACCACACGUCUUCAAGAAGAGCUGAAUAUAAAGCGUGAAGAUGCUCAAGUGGCUCAAAAGAAGUUGGAAGAGAAACAGAAUCUCCUUGAGCUCCUGGAAGCAGACCAAAAUCAACUUGAUGCAACAUUGAAGGACGUCGAAGCGCACAUUGUUGCGGCAAAAGAUACAACGGAACGGCUCGAUCGUGAGAUCGUAUCUCUGGCUAAAGACAUUAAUGACCAAGAGGCGAAAAGCAGAAGCUUAAGUGCAUCUGCGGCUGAUGCAAAGAAAAAGAGCGAUGAUCUCCAGGCAGAAUGUCAGAAACAGCAGCGCAAGAACAAAAUCUCUGCCAAGACCCAAGCAAAACUUCGUCGUCAAAAGAACUCACUAUUCAAGCAGGAAAAAGAAUUGGCGUCGGAAAUUCAAGAAGCAGAACGCUUAUGCAGAAUCUUGGGUGAAGGUAUCAAGUACGGCAUGGAAUGCGUUGAGAGACUCAGAGAAUCAAAUGCGCUCUGCGACGACAAAGAAAAACGCAUCGAGUUUGAACUUCGUCGCCAAGAACUCAGCUUGCAACAGCAAUGCGCACAGGAAGAGUCCAAAUUUCAGGCAGAUGUUGCCUCUUGGGAUGAAAAGAUCAAAGAUGUGGAGCGACAACUUCGUAGUCUUUAA